GGUGCUUAUGGUGGGGGUAGAACACGCUGUUAUCCUUUCCGGAGGUUGACGGUUGACGAGGAUACCACUGAAAUGCGAUUUCCUAAACAGUUUCAGUCACGGAAAUGCGACGAACUAUUAACGUCGGAAGUUUGCUUGUUACUGGAGCACCGACGACAGCAAAAUGAAGCAAGAGAUGAAAUUACUCUCAACUGCGCACGCCGUUUACCUCGGUUCGAAAGCCAUGAAACAAUUAAAGCUGUACGCGCCACAUUCUCUCAGAAACCUCUGCACAAGUUUGAAGUGGUUUAA